GCCCUGCAGACGGCGGCAGGACGGCCCGCGACACAGCCGGCUCCGCGCUCCUGGGACUGUCGGCUGUGGGGCAGCCCGCGGAACCGAGCAUGGAAGCCCCGGACCCCCAGAAGCGGCCGCGGGGCGGCGCCGCCGAGGUCCAGAUGUGCCAAGCCAUCUUCCCUUCCCACGCCAACGACCGAGGGGAGCUGAGCGCGGGCCAGCUGCUUAAGUGGAUUGACGCUACCGCCUGCCUGGCAGCUGAAAAACAUGCUGGAGUCUCCUGUGUAACAGCAUCAAUGGAUGACAUACAGUUUGAAGAGACAGCCAGGGUUGGACAGAUCAUCAACAUCAAGGCUAAAGUCAUCAGAGCAUUCAAGACCAGCAUGGAGAUUGGCAUUAAAGUCAUAGUACAAGAUAGAGUUACAAGAAUUCAGAAACUUAUCACUGUGGCGUUUUCUACAUUUGUAGCUAAACCAGUCGGAGAAGAAAAGGUUUGUUUAAAGCCGGUCACCAUCCUGACGGAACAAGAUCAAGUGGAACAUGAUCUGGCUUCAGAGAGAAGGAAAGUCAGACUCCAGCAGGGGGACACAUACCAAAGCUUGAUGAGGGACAGCAGCAAGUUUGACGAUGUGAUCUGUGAUCAAGAUGACGAUGCGGUUUCAACUGGUGAUACCUGGGUACAGAGCAUUGAACUUGUCCUUCCACCCCAUGCAAACCAUCAUGGAAAUACAUUUGGAGGCCAGAUUAUGGCUUGGAUGGAGACGGUGGCUAACAUUUCAGCAAGCCGCCUCUGUGGCUCACAUUCCAUCCUAAAGUCGGUGGAUAUGUUUAAAUUUUGGGGACCAUCUACCGUUGGUGAUCGCCUUGUCUUCAACGCCAUCGUGAACAAUACUUUUCAGAACUGGGUUGAAGUUGGGGUUCGUGUUGAGGCCUACAACUGUGAUGAAUGGUCCAAAGGCCAAGGCCGGCAUAUCAACAGUGCUUUUCUCAUUUAUUAUGCUGUUGAUGAUAAUGGAGAAUUCAUCGUGUUCCCCAGAGUCAAGCCUAUUUCAAAGGAUGAUAUCAGAAGGUAUCAUGGGGCUAUCGUACGUAAGAGAAUACGACUUGGCAGGAAAUAUGUUAUUCCUCACAAAGAAGAUAUUCCACUUGGUAUUCAGUGGGAUGCAAGCAAGCAGACAUACUUGAGUCACAGCAAUGUGGAUGCUCUCAAAGCUUUGGCAGCCAAAAGUGGUUGGGAAGUCACCAGUGCUGUGGGAGAGGUCAAAAUGUAUACUUUGGAGGAAAGUGAUUCUCUGUCACUCUGGGUAGAAAAGGAUGUAAAGAGUCCAGCUAACUUAGCUUUUGGCCUCCUGUCUGACUUAAUGAAGCGGCCUCAGUGGGACCCCCAUUACUCGUCUUGUAAGGUCAUAGACUGGGUGAGCAACGAUGAUACAAUAUAUUAUAUCACCUGUCCAAAAAUUAAUACCAGUAAACCCAUAGAUUUGGUUGUCCUUGUAUCACGAAGAAGGCCUGACAAGGAUAGUAACACUUACGUAGUAGCAAUGAAGUCCGUCACCCUGGCAUCCAUCCCACCUUCUCCACAGUACAACAGAAGUGAGAUCACAAGUGCGGGAUUUCUGAUAGAGGCUGUUGACAGCAGCUCCUGCACGGUAUCAUACCUGAACCAAAUUUCUUCUGGUAUCCUACCUUAUUUUGCCGGAGAUAUUGGUGGCUGGUCAAAGUCCAUUGAGGAAACAGCUACUUCAUGUAUCCAGUUCAUAGAAGCAACUAGUAAUGGAUUUAUCAACAAAUAAUAUUUUAAAUAGUCCAGCUCUCAGUGGUCUGUUUGUGGACUAUCCAUUUUGUGGAUUACUUGCAGCAGUUUUUGAUUCUGAGCCCACUUUCCCCUGGCAUCCAACAGGUUUGUGGGCCAGAGAACUAAUUUUUAUAUUAGCCUAAGUAAAAUGGAAUCAGGGAAAUGCUGAAGGAAAUCAUGAAAUUCAUUCCAGUACUUCAGGGAUCACUGAUUUUGUGGGUGUGGGUCUUUCCUUCACCUACAUCAAUCACAACCAUCCCCACCUUACCAGAUGGUUUGAUGAAUCGCUAUGGCCAAGCCCCUAGUGAGGAGCCUUUCCAACCUUAGCUGUUCUGGCCCUGGAUGACAGACAUCUUUCCAUAGGUUCAUACUGAAAGACUUUACAACUUAAAAGACUGGCGAGAGCUUGGUCUUUGCUGACACAGCCGUCAAAAACCUGGGAUCACUUCAAUGUCCCAGGGAGGCACCAGAGUGGAUAUUUAGUGGAGUGUACAUUCCAAGGUCAGGUUUAAACGAUUGUUUAUCUGUACACUGUACUAGAUCCACCAUGCCCCUGCUCCAAUCUGGUGGCUUGGAUAACUGAGAGUUGACUGUUAUGUAGUAUUUUAUAUAUUAUGUAAAUUGAUAUGGAAGCAGGAAAGGUGCUCUUAAUUUUUUUUUUUUUAAGAACUAAAUGGUCGUAACAGUGUGACUGGUGUACAAUUUACAUCUUUGGAAAACCUGAAAUGAAGACUGGUUAGAAACUGAAUAGUUGAUUAAUAGGAUGACAUUGUUUCAUGGGAACAGCAGGUGCCUGUAUGUCAGAAGCAUCUGACAAGAUGUAUUACACUUUUAGAGCUUGAAAUUAGGAGGACAUUAAAACAUAAUGGAAUUCAAUCAAUUUCAGUAAUAGGAACUACUUACUGGUGUCAUUUAAUAUAUAUUCAAGGUGGCUGAUCAAUUUAGUAUCUAUUGCUAUAUAUACAUGUAAAGUACCUGCAAAAUGUGAUAUCGAGAGGUAAAAGAGCAUUAAGUGAACUCUUCUUUCAGAACUAUUACAUUAGCACUUUAUUCUUUGACAUUCAUUCUUCUACUCUAGCUAUCCAUGAAUUGGAUUGGUCCUAAAGGCAAAUCAGCCUUUUGCAGGUGAGCCUCCCUCCUCUUUGGGGGCAUCUCUCUGCAGUCUAAAGAACCAUUUCCCUGAGUUCUCUCAAGUUCUUAUGAAGUCGGGGCCGUCUUCUUCACAUUCUGCCACUGUUGGCCACCCCUUCCAAUCCUGCACCCCCUCACCCCUGCCCAAUAUAAACUUGUUCUAAUUGAUUUUAUUAUGAUAAAGUCUAUAGUUAUCCAAAGCUGUUUUUCCUGGAUUCAUUAAAAAAACUGGAAUAAUGACUUAUAAAGACUAAAAUCAUUGUACACAUGUUAAAUUCGGGAGAAAACCAAAAAUUAAGAAAUGACACACAGAAAUACAAACCAAAAGUUACUAAAAAUUUUUUUUCCAAAAUUUCAACUAAGUUUUUAAGCUUAGUAAUACAAGGGCAGUUAGACCACAAAUUUAUAUUGCAGUAUUUUUUUUAGCCCUCUCAUACCGUCAGAUGGCCCAUAUGACUGAGACUUCCAAAUACUGUCUGCUUGCCCUUAACAACAAUAUGGUGUUUGGGUUUGCACCUCCUGAAGCCUUUUCAAGACUGUAAAAGUUUGGUUAGUUGUACAGUGUGAGUCCAGCUUGGUAUUUCUCAGAAGUAAAGAUGCUGUCAAUUCUAGUCUUUAAUGUAGUCCUUAGCAACAAAGGAUGGCCCCCUCCUUGUGAUUUUGAGGCCAAAUCAGAACCCUCCCAGCCAUUCAGAUCCUAAGCUCCUCAUAUCCCAAACAGAAUCUCUUCUAGUUUUCUGCCCCCCAACAGUGAAAACUGUUCCUUUAUUCUUUCUAAAGGGCUUCAUGUUUAUACUUCCAAUUGGAUCCUUCUCAGGAAGGGUCAGGAUGCACUUAAGCUGUGUGUCUCACUUUUUAACAUCAGAAGAGGUUAAUAAGCCCUUAAUCUAAGGUGCCUGAUGCAGGAACUUGUUGAAAAUCAGAGUACACAACACCUUUCUUUUAGGGUUCUUGGGCUUAUAAUUAUGGUAACUUUAGUCACUGAUUUUAAAGAAGCCCAACAAAGAUAAGUGACAGUGACCAUUGAAGGGGUCAUUCUAAGUGUGCUCAAGAGGCUUUGCUUCAUAUGGCCUUAAAACAGUAUUACUACAAUUUAGUAAGUCAUACUAGUGGUAUAAUUCAACAACAGAUCUAACUUUCAUAUGUUCUCUUCUUUUCAUUGUUGCUUGCUUAAAAUCUGUGCUACCCCCACCCCAAAGUCCACCAUCUCAGCAGACAACACAGCUCUAUAGGCAGUUUAGCUGCCCGGCAGUGAUGCCCACGAAACCCAAAAGGGCAGUUGCAAAGCCUUAAAUAAUAGGUUAUUAACUUUUAGGAUUUCAGAUAGCAGCAGUCCUUGAUUUAAUGUCUGUCCUAAUUAUAGGGGACUUUCCUAACCUGACACUAAAAGCUUUUCGCUUGAGGCAUGUCGUUUCUGGCAUUUCUCCUUGGUUCUUACAGCAACCAAAUUUCCUGAUCUUCUGGACACCUAAUUCCUCUACACUCUGCCAAGUGGAUUAGGUUGCUAUGGCCUGGUAUUCUUGAUAUGUGUUUUCUGUGGCUCCUGGAUGUUGUUCUUUGAUACCUGUUUGUGCCAGUACUAAUGGUCUGGUUAGUGGCUUUUGUCUACUAGCUUGCUUUGCAAUGCAAGCAGGGAUGAAAAUUAUGACUUCAAAAAAACCUGAUUGUUAACUAGCUAUGUUAUAUCUCCCCAAGGAUAGCAGAUAAAUGAAUAUGAUGGUUUAUAUUUUUACAUGCAUUCAAUGACCUUUGACCAACGAAUUUUAAUAAAAUGAAAAAAUCAGUGUA